CAAUUGAAAACAAAACCAAUAUCAUUUGACCAUCGCAUGAUAUUAUUUCAUUUAGAUUUUGGACAAUAGAAAGAAAGGUUACAUAAAAAAGAAACGAAAAAUGGCUACCCCGGAUAAGAAACGGAAAUUGAAUAGCGAGGAAAAGAAUCCGAAAAUGGCUAGCCUGGAAAAGAAACGGAAAAUGACUCCCAAGGUUUUUAACGAUCCUAUCCACGGUAAUAUAGAGUUACAUCCGUUGUUGGUGAAGAUAGUUGACACGCCGCAAUUUCAACGUCUAAGAUUCAUUAAACAACUCGGUGGCGUUUAUUUCGUGUACCCCGGGGCAUCACAUAACAGGUUCGAGCACUCCAUCGGCGUUUGUCACCUAGCCGGACAAUUCGUGCGAGCCCUUAGAGACAGGCAACCGGAACUCAACAUAACAUCUAAAGAUGUACUUUGUGUUGAAAUCGCAGCCUUGUGUCAUGACCUUGGACACGGGCCGUUUUCUCAUUUAUUUGAUAAGAGAUUUAUUUCUGAAGCGUGGGAAAAGCGUAAGUCUGAACUGAGGAAUGAGAAUGAGGAUGAGUUUGAUGACGAGUAUGAGGAUGAAGAUGAAGUUGAGGAUGAGGAUGAGAAUGAGGAUGGGAAAUGGAAGCACGAAAAAGGCUCGAUAAACAUGUUAGAUCACAUGCUGAAAGUAAAUGCGGGACUAAAAGAUGAGUUCAACAAAAAAGGUAUCAUGGAAAAAGAAGUGAGAUAUAUUAAAGAAUUGAUCAAUGGACCACAAAAAGAUGCGCCCAAAAGCAUUCCGAAAGAGAAAUGGUUUCUUUACGAGAUUGUUUCCAACGACCGAAAUAAGAUAGAUGUCGACAAGUGGGACUACUUUGCACGUGACAGUCACAUGUUGGGUAUUGGAAACAAUUUUAAUCACAAUCGAUUAAUAUCAUUCUCGAGGGUAAUAGAACAGCAGAUUUGCUAUAGAGACAAAGAAGCUACAAACCUGUAUGAUAUGUUUCAUAUCAGAAAUUUACUCCACCAGAGGGCGUACCAACAUAAGACCAGCAACAGCGUCGAAAUCAUGUUGGCCGAAGCUUUGGUGUUAGCUGACGAGUUCAUUAAAUUCAAAGGCAAAGACGGAAAACAUGUCCGCAUGUCCGAUACAGUCAGGGAUAUGACGGCCUUCACUCUUCUUAACGAUGGAGUCAUUCAUAAAAUCAUAGAAUUCGAUGUAGAGAAACUUGAAAAAUCGAAAGGAAUUCAUAGAAGGGAUGUAAAGAAACUAAAAAAAUCGAAAGAAAUUCUUAAUAGGAUUCUUCGACGAGAUUUGUACAGAUGUGUCGGCGAAAAAAGGUUUGCUGGAGGGAAGUUUGGAAAAAGGGAAGAUGUUAUAAAGGAUAUUAAGGCCAAAUUGAAAGGAACGCCGAUUGUUUCUAGACUAGAUGAAGAGGACUUCAUAGUCGUUGACGUUGUGAACUUAGACUAUGGUAACAAAGAUCAGAAUCCGAUAGUCAACGUUAAGUUUUACUCAAAGACCAAUCCGGACGUUGCAGAAGCAAUAGCCAAAGAAGAUGUUUCUCUUCUACUACCGCAAACGUUCAGUGAACUGUCUGUCCGUGUUUACUGCAAAAAUCAAGACGAUAAAGAUGCUUGUAAAGGAAUGUUUGAAGAAUGGGCUAGAAAAUGCAAUGAAAAAAUGCGCAAACAGAAAACUUAGCCAAUGAAAAAAUUACUUAAAGAGAAAACUUGUGUUUUACCAUCAUCAAACAAAUGAUUCUUUGCAAAAAAACUAACUAACACCAGAGGCACAUCAAACAUAUGAGGAAUAAUUUAUUUAUUUGUAAGUGCAAUAAUAUCAGGGUUGUUUGAAUUUGAAUUGGAGUUGUUUAGAAAACCUGUCUUUGCCAUUUUAAUUAUUGUUGAGAAGUUUAAUUGACGUCGCAAUCCUGUUUACAUUUAACGCGUUCAUAGUGUACAUUGUAAAAGCUUUUAGAGUAAAACAUUCUAAACAAAGCGACUUUGUAUAUGGAAUUUUAAGAAAAUAUAAUUUAGCAAUUCAUAGAUGUAUAAUAUUUAGAAUAACUAGAAUUUUGUUUAAAUGUUAAAUAUAAGCAGAUAUAUUACCAUAUAAAUUUAGAAACAAUGGAAGUGAAAUUAUUUAGAACCAUUAAGUAAAUGUUUAUGUCUUUCAUGAUAAUUAGAAAAAAAUGUACUAAUAUUUACUAAUGACUAGUAUAAAAUAGGGAAUUUUAGAACCAUUGGUACUCCUUUUUACAAUACUUAACUGUGAUAAAACAAUACUAAUGUUAAGUGCAAAAUCUAUUUACUUUUAACAAAAAUUUACAAUCAUUAUUUUUUUAAAUUAUUUUAUUAUUAAUUAAUUAUUGAUUUAUUAUUUUUUUUGGAAUGCGUGAUAUGUAAUAUACUGUGAUAUGAUUUCAUUUUCUUAUUGAUGACAUGUGCACAAAUAUAUUUAUUUUCAUUUUUAUCGUUGUUAAAUGAAUUUGUUACAAGUUUUGCAAAAUCUGGGACUUAAAAUAUACAUGUAUAUUUUAUGUCCCAGGCAAAAUGUUACACCAACAGAUACAAAAAUAAGCUUGUUCUCUACUUCACAUGAAAAUGACUGGUGCACAUUUAUUUUGUGCAUCCACAAAUUGGAAAGGGCAUGUUUUUCUUGUAUACAUAUGAGAUUGCGGUUACUUUUGUUGCUACCUGCUCUACAAAACGUCGUCAUCUUAUACCGUUUAUAUCAGUCGCGUGCUAAAAAUGACAUCAUACUGUAUCUUUGAUAAAUCAAGUAGAUAAAUAGAUUACGAUAAGAUAAAAAAAAAUGCUCAAUAAAAUCUUAAAGCUAUCAUUAUUUCUUUUCAACCAAAAAAAAAAUAAAUAAAUGCAAGCUAUAAAAACCCUUGUCACGGACGGUAAUAACUGACUUUAGAGUGACUAUUCACAGGCACCACUGCAGAGUCUUGUUCAAUAUUAAACAGUUACCCUCGAGCAAGUGUUUCCCUCUGAUAAGAUAUCCCGGUCUGAAACUGCAUCCGGUGUAAAGUACUCAUAUACCUUAUUUCCAAGUUGUAAAAAAAGCUGACUUCAUUUAACCAGACGACAUCAUUUUUACGUCACACGCACACAGAGAGCCACGUGACUCCUAGGUGAUUCACACCUGAAAUAAACACGAUGUGUCAAUCAAUUGAUACGAAAAAUCAUGUGUUUGGAGCGGUAAUAAAAAUUAACCAAUCAGAUAGAGUACUAAAACGAAAUUCACUUAACCACGCGAUCUGUUUUAGCAUAAGCUAUCUGUCAAUCAAAUGCCCGUUUGAGCAGAAAAUAUAAAUGAUUUCCCCAGAUUAACGCAAUUAGAUUACUAUAUUUUCUAUCAAACGGUACUUAACAUUUAUUUUAUUUUUUUAAUAAUUUAGACAAAAACUAAAAACAAGUUUUUAACAUAUGAUAUAUCAGCUUACAAACAUAAAUCUAUAUUUUUCUCUAUGUUAUACAAUUAUUUUCGUUUUCUGAAAGCAUCACAGUGACCUAUUUCUUUUAUAUGUUUACAUAUUUGAUUUGCUCAUGUUGCUUUGUAAAUUAUACUAACUGAGAGUUAUUGUAAACAAAAUUGAAGAAAAUGAUAAUAUUUUCGUGAAAAUGAAGUCUAUUUGAUUCUUUUAAUUUUAUUUAAUUUUUUACGAAAUCAACAAAAAUUGAAAGGUGGAUGUCAAACAACUUGGUAUCGGACUGUAUUCUAAGCGGAGCCUCUUAAGGAACCAACAGUUUGAAAUUGCUGUCAGUAGGUUAAAGAUUUAUUAAUAACACUGCAUUGUGCUUUCAUGUGUUUCAUGUUAUAUAUUGUAUUACACUUUAUACUCUCUUUUGCUUUUAUCAAGCAUCAAGCGUUAUUACUUUACAAGACCUAA